CCCCAAACAGAUCAGAAAGGUUCCGCAGAGACCAAAAAAAGCUCAGCAAGUGCAGAAUGGGGACAGAAAAAAAAAACAAGAUAUAUGGAUUAGGAAAUGGAAAAAGUAACUAAUAGGAUCGGAAUGAUAAAACCAGGAGAAGUAAUUAGAAAAAAAUAUAUUUUAAAAACUUAAAAGUUAUCGCAAUUAUACAGAAUCUUUUUAUAAAGAAUGUUAUGGUACACAUUCCAUAUCUGCUCCACAUUUUCUUUGGAUGCCUAUGAAACUUUUCCCACCGAGUCUUGAAGGUGAAUGUCAUGAACCAGGUGAAUGUCAUGAACCAGGGGUCAUGAAAAGAUAUGUUUGUUAGCCAUGUUCGCCCAUGUUGGACGCCAUCGAGCUUCUGCUGCGAUGCUAUCGCCAUCGAGUGCGGGUAGAAAUGCUUGAAUGUGUAUUACGGAAGCGGCGGCGGCGAUUGUGGCCCAUUCCGGAGCACUCCCGAAGCCACCAACCACACUCCACCCCCUCCCGCUCCGAUCGAAGCUUAGCGGGCGUUUGGAACGUGACGCGGUCAACGCUUCCGCGACCCAUUUGUUCGGCGUUGUAAAAACGGCGACGACGGAGCCGCCACCGCAGCGUAUUUAAGAGCUAUUCAGCGAUUUGCAUGGGAGAGUUUCGCACGCGACCGACCAGCGACCAACAACCAAGUGCAAAGUGUCAUUCCGGGACAGAGAGAGAAAUUCCGCCAAGAAGAAGCGUCUAGAGGGAGUCUUGAGGGGACACAGAAGGGAACGAGAUCAAAAGAGGGAGAAAUUCUGCUGAAAACGAUGUUCCAACGCUGCAGUUUGCUUUUUAUGGCGGCCGUGAUGGUGGUGAGCCAAGUGAGCCAGGCCCACUUUCCGGAGUACUGUGCCGAGUGCGAGCAGGAGGUGUGGGAGCAGGUGCCCUGCAGUGAGGUGCCCACCACCGCGGCACCUCCUACAACUCCCAGAACGACCUUGGGAACGACGGCCAGGCCGCCCACAACUCAGAGGCCCAGCACAACUACUGCACUGCCCACAACCACCAGUGCUCCAAAUAUACCCACCACAGAGCCAACGUCCGCCUAUAAGAAGUGCUACUGCGAGUGCAAGCUCGGCUGCAAGGAGUUCUGUCGCAAGGUGGUGGACUCCAAUCCCAAGCAGCCCUUGACCCAGAUCUCCUCGAUCGGAGAGUACGUUUCCGGCGGCCAGGUGGAGUUCACACAUGUGCAUCAACGCAAGUACUUCCCCAAGUAUGCGGGCGAGGGAUACACUGGAUCCGUAGGUGGCCCCAAGGCCUACAAGCCGCCAUAUCCUCUGGUCUACGAAAGGGAAGGAGCUGAGGCUUCUCCGGCUUCCAUUCCCUCGGUGGCAACCUCUGUCGCCUCUUCCUCGCCUUCAGUGGCCAGCAUAGCUGCUCCCAACUACACUCUCGAAGAGCUGGCCCAGCUCUUGAGCAGCGCUUAUGGCAGCAAGAAGAGCUAUCCAUCGGUUCCGUCGAGUCCCCAGCUCCAGCCAGCUCCUCCUUCGCCCUCAGUGUACUACUCGCCAGUAUACAGGCAGGGUCCUGUUGAGCCCAUCCUAAGCAAGGUCCUCCCGGCACCCAAGCGCACCUCCAGCAUCAAGUUCGCUGCGGCGGCAGUGGCAGCCUCCAAUGGAGUGUCGGUGGCCAAGAUCAAGACGCCGUACGAGGAGAAGGUAGUGGUGGCCACACCUUCGACAAUUUACGAUAGAACCACCUCGUAUCCCAUUGUAGAGGAAGUGCAGAAAGUGUACUCAGCCCCGCAAACGGAAUCCUAUUCGAGCCAAACGGAGGCGUAUCCGAGUGUGACACCCAUCUACCCAAGUCCCACGGAGUCCUAUCCCAGCCACAAAGAGUCCUAUCCCAGCAUCACAGAGUCCUAUCCCAGCCAGACCGAGUCCUAUCCCAGCAUCACGGAAUCCUAUCAGUCCCCACAGCCGCAGGCCAAGUCUUACGGCAGUCUGGAGUCCGGAGCGGACAAGCCAUCGUCCAACUUUGAUCUAGCCAUAGAUAACUAUCUGAAGGACUUUGGCUAUGGCAACCAAGGCAGGGGUUACGGAGAUUACUGAGCGAGAGAUGGGGAUGAAGAGAUGGAAAUGGAGCUUUCCGUUUCAAUCGUUGUUGUUAGGUUUAGGUUCUAUGACUAUUUAAUUAUUUAUUUUAGUUAUAAAACAUAACUAAUUAGAGACAUUAAAGAUGAUUAAAUUAUUGUCAA